AUGGAACCACGCCAAUCCGGUGCUUUAAAAGAGCAAUACACACGCCCUGCUGGUGUUGAAAUCGAGCCUCCUAAUGCUCUUCUGUUUCGCGCAAAUCAUGCCAAACCACCGGAAAUACCCGUCCGAGCGGGUGCAAGCAACGUAAAAGCACCGGAAGUUCCUCCAAAGAAUCUUUCCAAGCGACCCACUACUAUUGGAGCCUCUAGUAAGGACGAAAGUAGCAUUAGUAGUCCAAUGCUGGUAGGACAACAUGCUGCAUCUAUACCAUCCCGAGCACCCCCAGUGCCCCAAAAAACUGCCAAUAUCGCUAGCAGCGGUACUUUGCCUCAAGCUACCUUUCAGGCAAAUGCUGGCACAGGAAUUGGUACAUCGGUUACCGGAUCGGUAUCGGCUGCAAACCAGGGUGCUGUCAGCGCAAAAGAAGCUUCUGCAAAGGAACCUACAUUGACCACCAAAUCUUCUACCAAGCCCGCAAAAUUGGAAGACUACGGUUCCGAGGACGCACUCCGAGGUAUUGAAAGUGGGCUGCGAAACGUUGAACGCGCAAUUAAAGAGCAGAUGAGUUUGCGUUCAUCUGUCGAGGUUGAAGAGCAGGCAAAAAUUUCGCAUCCAAUGAAAUUCGGACGAAUGGAGCUGAUGAGUAAACAUUCAGGUUCGUUAGGAUCGGGUAUGUCCCUGGACAAUCCUUUCGAACAGCCAGCAUCUUCCUCUGGAUUAGUGCAAGGGUUUAAGUUUGAUCGGUUUGAUCACAGCCAAAAAGGUAUCGGAAUGGAACGUGGCGUUAGCAUGGAGAAGCUGCGCUAUGGAGAAAGCGGUGGAAAUGUAGGAUACUCAGAUAAUAACACGAAUGGCAUGGAUCACGGGAUGCAUCAGAGACCGGUGGAGCAUCAAUUCCGCUCAUUGGAUCGUCAUCUACCACUUGAACUACAGUAUGGUAACAAUCAACAACGUCAGCGAUCGCAGGAAAUGGAAUUCAUCAAACAGCAACUGCUUCCGGUGAUUGCUCGUAAUAAAGAAUCCAAUAGCCUGAACCGGCAGAUGGGUCUCUCGAAGGAUGAUCUGCGAUCUAGAAGACGGUCGUCCCACGACGAAAGCCUUUUUUCGAUGAAUAAUACAGCUCCACGAAUGAAAGAACAGUGGGAGGAUUCUACUCAGUCCGUUAUGCAGCGCAAAAACCAACUUACCGCAAUGUUGGGCGAUUCACAAAGAUACGAGGCGAAAAGAUUAGAGAUCGACGCCUGGUUGAGCAGGAUGGAGACAAUAACGGAACGAAUGGGACCAGUUGCAACGACGGCCGACGUAUUGGAAAUCCAACAAAAAGAGCAAAAGUCCUUUCAUGCAGAGCUACAUAAAUUUAAUCACCAAAUAGAAUUAUUCAACCAACUGACCCAGAAACUAAUAUCAGUUUAUCAGUGUGACGAUACCUCGAGAAUCAAAAGAAUGACCGAGUCCAUUAAUUUAAGGUACAAUAAUCUCAACAACUCAGUCAUAUCGCGAGGCAAACAGCUUCAUGCAGCUAUGCAUUCGUUGCAAACCUUCGAUCGUACAUUUGAACAGUUUCUAGGAUGGUUGAGUGAAGCAGAAUCUUUGUGUGAAAACACUGAAUCCGAGGUUGAGAGAAACCCUCACUGUUUGAAGGAUUUACAAUCGGAAAUCGAUUCCAACCGAAAGGUAUACGAGGGGUUGGACAAUACUGGCCGUAAGCUGCUGCGCUCUUUGACUUCACAAGAAGAUGCCGUCAUGUUGCAACACAAAUUAGAUGAAAUGAAUCAACGUUGGAACCAUUUGAACUCACGCAGUGCUGCAAUUCGAAACCGUCUGGAGUCUAACUCAGAGCAUUGGAAUGCGUUGCUGCUUUCGUCGCGUGAACUUACAGAAUGGGUCAUACGCAAAAACACUGAGCUCACCACGAUUGGAUUCGGUUCCAUUAACGGAGAUUCUAAUAGCUUGCAAAAGCAAUUGGACGAGCAUAAAGCCUUUCGUCGUCAGUUGGACGAUAAAAGAUCAAUCAUUGAAAAUAACCUUAUGAACGGAAGACAAUACAUAUCGAACGAAUCACCGAUCUCGGAUACCAGCGAUUCUGAGGCUAUUGACGAGACGAUGUACAUUUCGACGGAGGAACAGAACCGCAUUCUUGGUCGAAGUAUACGCAGGGAAGUUAACAAGCUAUCCGAACAAUGGACACUUUUGAUCGAGCGUUGUGACAAAUGGAAACAUCGAUUGGAUGAAAAUAUAACGAAAAUGCGCCAGUUUCAAAAAGUGCUAGAGGAUUUGAGCUCGCGGGUAGCAUCGGCAGAAACUAUAACGCAUUCAUGGACUGUACCAGCUCCAGGCUCAGACACCACCGAAGAAGUGCAACACCUGCAGCGAUUGAAAGAUAAACUUACUACAGCCAACGCAUUAUUGGACGAUUGUAAUGAGCAACAAAACUUUUUCUCCUCUUGUCAUGUGAUUGUUCCCAGUCCUUACCUGGCAAAAUUGGAAGAUAUUAAUACUAGGAUGAAAUUGCUACACAUUGCGGUGGAAGAACGAAGCAAAGUUCUACAGCAUAGCAGUGACAAGCAAAACAACGGAGCAGACGGAAUCCUUGGAAUUCAUCAUAGUGAGGGAGGAAAGUUUUCCAAGCCCCUCCAUAUCGCUGCUGUAGGCUCGACGGUUCCAAAUUUGGAGAAAAGUGUCCAGAUACCAUGGGAACGGGCAGUAACGCCGGCAAAUGUGCCUUAUUAUAUCAAUCACGAACGCGAAAGUACACAUUGGGAUCAUCCGGAGAUGAUAGAAUUGAUGAAAACACUGGCGGAUCUGAAUGAAGUUCGAUUUUCCGCUUACCGAACUGCACUAAAAUUAAGAACUGUUCAAAAACGGCUUGCAUUUGAUCGUUUGAAUAUGAGUGUAGCAAUCGAAAUAUUUGACCGAUAUGGAUUGCGCGCUCAGAACGAUAAGCUGAUCGACAUACCUGAUAUGACGACGAUAUUGAAUUCGUUAUAUACGACGCUUGAGCCAAUGGAUCGUGCAGUGAUGCUUGAUUUAGCCAUCAAUUGGAUACUUAAUGUGUACGAUUCGCAGCGCACCGGACAAAUUCGCGUUCUCAGUUUUAAGGUGGGAUUGAUCCUUUUAUGUCGAGGGCAUUUGGAAGAAAAAUAUCGUUACUUGUUCCGUUUGAUAGCGGAUCUGGAGAAGAAGGUAGAUCAACGAAAAAUGGGUCUUCUUCUACACGAUUGUAUUCAAGUUCCCCGUCAGCUCGGUGAGGUUGCUGCGUUCGGUGGGUCGAAUAUUGAACCAUCGGUUCGUUCUUGUUUCGAACUGGCCGGUGGUGUUAACCAAAAUGCCGAACCUCUGGAAACGGCGAUAGAAGCCCAACAUUUUCUAAGCUGGCUGCAGCACGAACCGCAAAGCUUAGUGUGGCUUCCUGUGCUCCACCGGUUGGUGGCUGCGGAAACGGCAAAGCAUCAAGCUAAGUGUAAUAUCUGCAAAGAGUAUCCAAUCGAAGGAUUCCGGUACCGAUGUCUUAAGUGUUUCAAUUUCGAUAUGUGCCAAAAGUGUUUCUUCACCGGACGCAGCACUAAGAACCAUAAAUUGAGUCAUCCUAUGCACGAAUAUUGUACUACGGCAACCUCCACCGAAGAUGUGCGUGAUUUUACUAGAGCGCUAAGGAAUAAGUUUAAGAGUAGAAAAUAUUUCAAGAAACAUCCUCGAGUAGGUUACCUUCCAGUGCAGAGCGUUCUUGAAGGGGAUGCACUUGAAAGCCCCAUACCGAGUCCCCAACACGGUACGCACACCCUACAGAAUGAUAUGCACUCCCGGCUGGAAAUGUAUGCAUCACGAUUGGCCCAAGUCGAGUGUGGAACAAGAACCAACUCUACUCCCGAUAGUGACGAUGAGCAUCAGCUGAUCGCACAGUACUGUCAAUCAUUGCCAGCCGCGGAAAAUACAGCUCGAGGUGGUAACGGAGGUCCAAAGUCUCCAGUGCAAGUAAUGGCUGCAAUGGAGGCCGAACAGCGUGAAGAAUUGGAAACGAUGAUUAAGGAGUUGGAAGAAGAAAACGCUAACUUACAGGCGGAAUAUGAAAAGUUGAAAGCAACGAAAAAGAGUACUCCCAUCACGACACCGGACGAGGGGUACAAAACGCCUACCUCGGCAUCGAAUACUGCUUCUGCACUGUCCUCGACGGCAUCAGCGGCUGGCGGUGGAUCGGACAUGGUAACCGAGGCAAAGCUUUUGCGGCAGCAUAAGGGUCGAUUGGAAGCAAGAAUGCAAAUAUUAGAAGAUCACAAUAAACAAUUGGAGGCACAACUACAACGUCUUCGACAAUUGUUACAUGAGCCAACUCCAUUGAAACCCCAAACUCUGCAAACACGAUCGGUUACGGCAUCACAAUUAAACACGGAUUCGCCGGCCAAAAUGCAGCAUAACGGACAUUACGAGCAAAAACCUUUCAACGAACCUGGACAAAAGCCAACUUCACUGUAUGGUCCAGUCGGUGGCGGUAGUGUUAAUGGCUUCCUGUCCAUGGCGGGCGAGGAUAGCAGGCAGCGUGAUCAAUACAACAUGGACACUUAUGAAAAAGCGGGAGCCGGUGUAGCUGCGGUUACCGCAGCCUUUGGAGCCAACAAAUCGAUUGGGUCAGUUAAUCUUGGUGUAAUGGCAGGACAUUCUGGAGGAGACUACACAAUGGAUGAGCGGCCUCCUCCCCCUCCUCAUUCGAGUUUACUACAUAUGGCCGGCGACCUCAAUAAGGCAGUAGAGGAACUGGUGCACAUCAUGACGGCGGAGUCGAAGGACGAAUAUAGUGACAGCAUAAAUGCAGGGCUACAGUAACAAUACGCGAUCAUAUCGACAAUCGCUGGUGAUGGUGCGAUGUAUAAUCUAAUUUGAUUACAUGAUUAUAGUACGAAAAGUUACUGUGCUUUAACGCUUACCACAUUUUUUAGAUCAAAAUUUAUUGUUAUCCAAAGUGGUUGAAGCACGUCCUUGGCUGACUCCUGAUCGAACCAAAACUGGUUUAAGUUAUAAUGGCAACUGAAUCGUGAAUUUGGAUUAUUUUGAUCAAAAGAAUGCGGUAGGCUUUAAAUAUCGAGUAAUUAUGAUAAAGUCGGCACUUUAUGCAUAUCCUUUUUUUAUUUACAUCUCAAUUGUCCAUCAGCGGUUAUAUAACACCACAUGAUAUGCGAACUAUUUAACCAUUGUGUGGAACCCUACGUAUCCUUAGAAAAAAGUACUUACAUUAGACGACAAUAUUCAUGUAUUAAAAACUAAGACAUAUUUUAAUCAGAUCAUUUGCAAUUAUGAACCUAUCAUUAUUAUAAACAUUAACUAUUACAUCUAUGAAUAUAUCUAUACACAUUAUACAAAAAUACAUAUUUUGCAUACCUUUAUCAAACGAUUAUUCAUAUCAAGUGUGUGAGUCACGAUUAUGUAUUGGACAUUAUAACACAAGUUGAUAAAAUUUCGUCGGUGGUCGUGUUUGAGUAUGAAGCUGCAUAGCGAUUUGCUUGAUCUGUUUAUCACUAAUUCAAUACAAACAACUGAACUGAAUGAUAUAAAUCAGGGUAACUAAAUCCAAAUAUAACGCACUUCUCGUCACUUCCAAAUGGAAUGUCAGAGGGUGUGGGCUAGCAUGAUAAAUAUCAGCACGUUGAGCAAAGUGAAUUAGACCAUCCAGUUUGGUCUGGGGUUGUUUACCUAUCAUUUAACUAGAAAAAGAGGAACCGAAAUUAUUGGCAUUGUUGGUAUAUAAUCCUCUGACAAUCAAAAGGAUCGUUGAUUGUAAGCCGAUUUUACCAAAAUCAUCAAUUCAGAUUUAUUGCUAUGAUAGUUUCUCACUCACUUAGUUUGCUUUUACAUUGUUUGGAUCAUUCACACGAAUGAUUCAUGCUUAAACGAAUAGUUUGUUUAUGAACACGUCUUAAUUUUAAAUUAAUUUAAGUUUGAAUUAUUUUUAAUUCAAAUUUCACUACUGUUAUUCAUCUAUACUAUGCCCAAUUCUGCGCUAUGAAAUCUGUAUUGCAAGCGAUUGUGUGAAACAAAAUGAAUGGGGAAAUGGUAAAACAUUUGACUUUGCAGUCAAACAAGCAAAAGUAUAAGAUAAAUAAAAAAUACAGGCAAUUGCAUGAUACAUAUGAUCGCGAGACAAUUUUACGACAAAAUCAAAUAUGAUAGUGCACUUUCGAAUUGUGCAGCCAACUUCUAUCAUCGAAAUAAUACACAAAUUUUUAACAUUAUUCGUUUACUUACUUACAUAAUAUACAUAUCAGCGAUACUACAAAGGCAGGUAUCUAUAGUGUAAUGGGGGUGUUUGGAAUCGUUUGUUGGAGAAUGAGGAAUGUUGUGGGGAAAGUACCAAGUUUUUUAAAUAUGUUUCAGUUUGAUCGACCCAGUGAAUAAAAACGAACCAUCAGUGUAGUGAAAACAGAAAAAGGCACUAUGAUUUUUCAUACACAACACAUUGCAUACCAAAAAUAAGCAUUUGAAGGAAGGCGAGCAUUGCAUGAUUUAAAUGUGUUAAAUUAUUUAUCUGUUAUUCAAUUAGAUCACAAAGUCAGAUGAGAACUUUUUAUUUGCUAUAUAUGGUGUGUUUUUUUGUUCGUUUACUUUUCAAUCGAAAACAAAAAUACUGAUUAUUCGCGUUAGGCAUCGAAAUGUCGCAUAUUUCAUAGUAUUAUAGCCAACCAAAAAAGCACAAUACACACAGAAUUAAAUUUUAAAGGUAGACUGCUGUAUACCGUGUAAUAAACAUGCUACUAAUCAUUUACUACAAUCGAAUUUGCGAGUUCGAGCAAAACGCUAACGUAAGCUUGACAUGGAAAAACGAAGACAUAAAUUCUAGAACGCCUAUAACCAUUAAAAAUCUUCAACGAAUCCAUCGAAAAGUAACAUGUGAGGUAUUAAAUGUUACUAUCAAGUUCAGUAAUAUGCUUACAGAAGAUGUUGAGAUGAGCAAAACUAACUCGGAGAGUUUUACAUCAAUGCUUAACCAGUAACAGUACGAGAUAGGUUUAAUGCAAUACAUUAUAUGCAUGAUAUUUGUUCGGAAAACAAAUAUAAAAACGAUAUCAUGAAGCUGGCUGGAGGAGAGUAUUUUCCUGAUUUCCUUUCCAUGUCAUAUAUCACAUUUCUUUCACAUGCUCUUCCCACCGGUCGUACUUACUAUGGUAGUGAUGAUCCCUAGUUUGAGUGUUUGCGACAGUUCAAUGCUUGCUCUGGCCACUUCGAUUUCCUUCCGUUCUUUCCUUGCAGCAUAUGCACUUCCAUCAUGAGAGGUUCCCUUUCCUUUUGUUUCCCCUGUUUCAUUCAUGGCCGACUCGCUAUAUCGAAUCUAUCUAAAUUUUGGCAGUCACCAAUCUACGUCUAUUUAGUUAAGUAUUUACUAUUCCUGUGUUAAUACUUAGUUGUAUUUGCACAGCCCUAGGGGCAAGCAAUCUGAUGCAAAUAAACAAUUAAACAAUGAUGAAAUGAA